GGAGCCGCAUGCAACCGACGCAGGCCGGAAAUCUAGAAUGCUUAUCUCCGCACUUGUAAACAUCUACCUGGUACACUGUUGUGUAGGAAUAUAUCGGCACCUUCUUAACACUUCGAUACACCGAGCAGUAAACCAUCAUUUCCCUUCCCAAAUUCGCCCUUCACUUUGUUGGGUAUCAAGAUCCCAUGUUUAGAUCUGUGAAAAGAACCACGGGCAUAACUGCGUUGCGCAGACCACUUGUAUUGAUGUUAUCGCCGGCCAGGAACUCUUCGACUAAGCCGGCAACAGAGAAUUUAAUACACCCUGAAGCUACGUCUUCCGCAGAACAGCAAUACAAGAUCAUUGAGAAAACCAAGAACUUCGAAAAGAUUCAAGCAGCACGCCCCGACUUCGAUAACUCCAAUAAACCUAUCGAAGUGACAAGACAUCCCAACCCAGCAUGGCAAUACGGCCACGGCUCGCCGAAUUUUGAUCCCUCCAAAAAGCACCUAGAAGUAGAUCCAUAUGCAUCUCAUCGACCAAUGGUCAACAACUACCGGCUCCUGAUCUCAGACAUCGCACCCCGGCCAAUUGGCUUCAUCAGCACUAUAUCGGCAGACGGGAAAACAAAAAAUCUCGCGCCUAUGAGUUACUUCCAAGUCAUCGACCACGACCCACCCAUGUUCGUCAUCGGCUUCUCAUCCAGGCCUGGAAGAGUGAAAGAUACCUAUCGCCACUUAACAGAGACAAGGGAAUGCGUCAUCAACACCGUCUCAGAAAACAUGAUUGAAGCCGUAAACGCAACGUCCAUCGACGCUCCCUACGGUGUAUCGGAAUGGGCUAUUUCCGGUUUGCACGAAGCGCCCUCCUCGACCGUGCGCCCAGCUCGUGUGCACGAAUCUGUUUUCUCUGUCGAGGCUAAGGUUGUGGAUAUCAAGGAGUUCAACGACCAUCAGAAAGACGGGAUGAGUGUAGCGGGUAUGGUGCUGGUUAAGGCGACGCGGUUUUGGGUCCGUGAAGAUGCUGCGAAUGAGGAGGUGAGCCAUGUUGAUCUAGAUGUUUUGAGGCCGCUCGCUCAGCUUGGGGGCAUGGCAUAUGGGCGUAUUGGUUCGACGUUUGAGUUGCCGAGGAGGAGGUGGAGUGAUGAGUGUAAAGGGAGUGAAGUGUUGUCUAAGCUAGAGAAAGAGAAACCAGAUGUUUGAGACGUGCUUUUGAGGCCGUUCAACGUGGAGACCUUAGUUGGAUAUUAGACCAAGGACGCGCAUAGCGCUAUGUGUGAUUGAAUUCAGCAAGUACGCAGCACUUGACGGAAAGGUAGGUUAUGACGCCGUACACAGGCCGAGUGGGUUUUGCUUCUGUACCGUUCAGGUAACAUUAUCG